AUGAGUCCGAUCUUGACCAAUCGGCAAGCUGAAGAGCUUCAUAAAUCGAUAAUAGCAUAUCUCACGGCCAAUAACCUCCUGGACACGGCUAGCACCUUGAGAGCGGAGCUGAACCUACAUGAGAAUGCGUUUGACCCGGCAACAGCAAAGAGAUAUGAGACUUUACUGGAAAAGAAAUGGACGAGUGUAGUCCGGCUACAGAAAAAGAUUAUGGACCUUGAAUCACGAAUGGCAGCGAUGCAGGCUGAGCUCGACAAUGCGACACCCACCUCACUUUCCAAACGCAACAAGGACCCCGCCUCCUGGAUCCCAACGUCCCCCGCUCGGCAUGCUCUAGAAUCGCACCGAGAUACCAUCAACAGUGUCGCGUUCCACCCCAUAUUCUCCUCAAUUGCUUCGGCAUCUGAUGAUUGCACUAUUAAGAUAUGGGACUGGGAGCUGGGCGAGCUGGAGCGAACAAUCAAAGGCCACACACGAGCAGUUGUUGACGUGGAUUUUGGAGGCCCGAGAGGCGGCAUACUACUGGCGUCGUGCAGCUCAGAUUUAAGUAUCAAAUUAUGGGACCCGGCGAAUGAAUAUAAGAACAUACGAACGCUGUUGGGCCAUGACCAUAGUGUCAGUGCCGUGCGGUUUAUACCCUUGGGGGCCUCAGGGGCGCCAUCGUCGGGCAACCUACUGGUUAGCGCUAGUAGAGACAAGACACUGAAGAUAUGGGACGUCAACACCGGUUAUUGUGUGCGAACUCUACAGGGACACACCGCCUGGGUACGAGAUGUUUUUCCUUCUCCAGAUGGAAGGUUUUUGCUCUCAACUGGAGACGACAGCACUGCCAGGCUAUGGGACAUUUCUGUGUCGAAUCCAGAAACCAAAGUAACGAUGUUCGGCCACGAACACUUCAACGAAUGCUGUGCCCUUGCACCGUCUACUUCAUACCAAUAUCUAUCUCCUCUAACUGGACUGAAAAAGCCUCCGCCAGCGAGUAGCACUGCAGAGUUCAUGGCCACUGGUUCUAGGGAUAAGAAGAUUAAGAUAUGGGAUGCCCGAGGCACUUGUAUCUUGACGUUGGCCGGACACGACAACUGGAUACGGGCAGUGGCUUUUCAUCCGGGCGGCAAAUACCUCUUUUCUGUAUCAGACGAUAGGACACUACGUUGUUGGGAUCUGAGUCAAGAGGGAAAAUGCAUCAAGGUGAUGAGGGAUGCGCACGAACGAUUCAUUACCUGUUUAAGAUGGGCUCCCUCAAUAUUCAAGGACGCAGCCACUGGUAAUGGAGCAGGCGACGGAAGAAACGGAGAUGCCAAGAAAGGAGACACCGCAGAAGUCCAAAUCCGGUGUGUUAUUGCAACUGGGGGUGUAGACAUGAAGCUACGGAUAUUUGCAAAUUGA